AUGCGCGCCUCCUCAUUCUUUCCGGCGUUGCUCGUCACAGUCGCGGCAGCAAAGGCCGUUGCAAUUAACCUUUCGCCCCGACAGUUGAGCAAAAGACAAACGACGGAAGUGUGUACCGAUCUCACCAUCAGCAGCAACAAUGGCGAUCGAAAAGUCGUCCUUGUCAUUGAUAGCAGCGGAUCCAUGCUCGACUACGAUCCGGAUGACUUGCGUCUGGCAGCUGCCCGCUCGCUCAACGACUUCCUGAUCUCGAACGGCGAAGCGGGCGGAGAACGGAAAGCCGACCAGGUCGCCGUUGUCGGCUUCGACUCGUCGUCGUACACCGUUUUCCCGCCUGGCGACCCCGGUAACCCCGCCGCCGACGAGGCCAUCAGCGGUAUCAUCGCGGACGGUGGGACCUACAUUGCCAGCGGCGUGUACGAGGCCAUCGAUCACAUCAACGCAAUGCCGGGAGACACCAAGGAUAGGAGCGCAAUCGUGGUGUUUACGGAUGGCUCGGACUCUGACACGGCCGAGCUCGUUAGUGCAAUCAACGAGGCGACCGGCCUUGGCAUUCGGGUUUCGUUUGGCUACCUAGAUAGCGGUUCGAGCCAGCCUGAUGAGGUCCUCCUGGCCCUGCGCCAGUCCAAGGGCGUGUAUGCCACCAUUGCCUUCGCUGCCGGGUCGCAGAACUUCGUCAACUAUGUGCUCUUAAACGGUCUCACGUACCAGGACAACCCUCAGGGUGCUGGCGACCGUCUUCUAGCGGGUCUUGCCACGACGCAGUUCAUCGACGGGUCAGGCACGGUCGCACUCAAAUACAACGCAGCGCAGGGCGAGCGUGUCAACUUCACCAUCGUCAGCUUCACGGGUGACAGGCUUAAUGUAGAGGCAAAGAUGGGCAGCCAGACACUGUACGCUAGCACCCGUGCCACGUCGAGCAGGCAGUUCUUCGACAUCACCGCGCCGGGUUCCGGGCAGCUCGAUGUGUUCGUAACGUCGCCCGAUUCGCCGACUGAC